CAAACUUUCACGAAUGUUUAUGAGUUUUAUUUUCCACAGACCAGUUCAAGUUCGGUCAGCCAGCAGCGAUGCACUUUAGUAUGUUUGUUGUGAUUGGGUGUUGAGGCAGAUUUUCGGUUUCUCUUUUAACUCAUUGCGUUUUAGUUUUUCAAUUAUGUCUCAAAGCUCAUUUCUAUUACACACAACUAUUUGUAUUUUCCAAAUAUUCUGAAUAUCAUUGCUACGAUAAAAGAACAAUUCCCUUGAAACAAAUUCUAUUGAUAGAAGUGAUUAACGGAAAUAGUGCGUACGGUCGGUGUGGAUUUUUUGUGUUGCACAAUCAUCUUUGUGAUAAAAACGAUUACAUAAAAAAAGUAAUCACAAGAAAGUUAAUCGGAUGGCGAACUAUUCUGAUAAUGAUUCGGUAUUAGAUGAAAAGCUUGAUAAAGGAUUCGAGCAAUGUGAUCUGUAUGGAAACAGAAAAGCAAGUGGUGGUUUUCGAGAAACUUCGUACGCAGACGAGCGCCUUUCCGAUUCGGAAAUAACGAAAGAAAUUUGUGAAAUAACAGGGAAAACUCACGAAGAUUUUCAUCGCGCAAGUGAUUUAGAAGAUGCGCAAAAUGUCUUGCCAAUGGAUGUACCGAUUAUCAAAGCGUACUUGGAAAAGUUUCAUGAAGAGUGUUUAUUCGAGAACUGUGGUUUUAAAAAAGAAAAAUAUUCGGAAAAAGAUAGCUUUGAUGACAAUUCGCUGAAAACAUCAUUCAAAACGGAAGUUCAUUUAGAUUUACAAAACCCUUCACACAAUAUAAAAAAUAAGAAAAAUUUACCAAACUCCGGCUCAGUUGGAAGAAUGGAAACCAUUCUGGAAGAACCUGUAGAGCCGAAAAUAUCGGUAAAAGAAAUUCUGGCCCGGUUCGAAACGCUGAAAGAAGCACCACAGACAAAAUCGACUGGCUUAGUCAUAUCUUCGGGUGCUCGGGCGGCAGCUGCCGUGUUGAAUGUCCCGAUAGAGAGAUUAGAAGCAAACACCAACGUGAACUCUUAUGAAAACCAUUCAAAAGUGGAUAAACUGAAUCAACCUCACUCUCAUGAAUUGAUGAGUGAGAAUGGGAACAAUACCGAUGAUAACAAUUCUAUAUCACCCGAAGUUGACGGUACCGUUAUAAAAUCGUCAAGCUAUAUGAGUGCGGAUCCACCGGUAAAUCAUCAGCAAGACGAUCAGCAUAUCCAGAGCAAGCACCCGCUGCUUCAAUUCGCUAUACAGCAUUUCCGGAACGAAUCUCCUGGCGUUCUUUCGCAUAGCGCGUGCAUGGAACUUGUACAAUGGCAGAUUUUCCCUUCGCGCAUCCCACUAUUGCGUUUACCGGCAGAGCUAACACAAUUAGCUGUAGAGUGCUUCGACUGCAUUUUACGUUAUUGUGGAGAUAUCGCAACUGUAUCAGAUGUUACAGAAGUUAAAUGCGUCUACACGAUACUAAUGCAUUGCCACAAGCAUUUGACUUUGAGGGAUGAAGUCUAUUGUCAACUGAUUAAACAAUCAACAGCUAAUCAUUCGCCAUGCCCUGAUUCGGCCCAAAGGGUCUGGAGGCUCUUGAGUAUACUGACGGCCUAUUUUGGAUGCUCGGAUGCUUUGCGGCCGUACCUGUUCGAUCAUUUGUCUUCCGCUGCGUCAGACCGCCGCCGUCAGUACCACGGAACCGCUGCUGUAUGUUUGGCGAAUCUCAGAAAAACGGCGCGCUGUGGAGGGCGAAAAAAUGUACCGAGCGUCGAAGAAGUUACCGCUGUAUCAGCAGGAAGAUCGGCCCGAAGACAAGUGUACCGUUUGCCAGGAGGAGCCGAAAGAGUAGUGAAUACACGUUGUUCUACAGUUGUUGGAGACGUUAUAACUGAUUUAUGUUCAUCGUUAGGGAUCGAAUCUCCUGCUGAACAACAAGAAUUUUCCCUAUAUUGCAUUGUUCAAGGAGAUGCUUUCACUAUGCCUCUAGCAGCAGACGAGUAUAUACUGGAUGUUACGACCGAAUUACUGAAGUCCAGCCAGCCGUUUUAUUUGAUUUUCUGUCGUUCAGUUUGGCAUUUCCCAUUAAAACGAGAUCCAGCACCUACGUCUUUAUACAUAGAAGUAUUAUUCAAUCAAGUGGCUCCGGAUUAUUUGGAAGGUUUAUUGCUGGAAUUGCCCAAUGGAGGUGCUCCUACGCCCGACUAUGUCCGUGAUAUGGCAAGAAUAGCAGCAAUUUUGCAUCGGGCUGCAGAUCUGAACCAUUUACCUGCUAUGAAGGAGAUCAAAUUUCUUCUUCCUAAGCCAGCCCUUUCUCUGAGAGAACUACGGCCAGCGCAAUGGGUUGCGCUAGUCCAAUCAGCAUGGCCUUCGACAGCCAGUUUGAGCCCGAUCCAAGUCAAAGCCCAGUUUCUGAAUGUAUUAUCAUCCUGGCCAUUGUUUGGUAGCAGUUUCUUUGCCGUUAAACGUGUGUGGUCUGAUGACAGCCCAGUGGAGGAUGUUGGUCCCAUGUGGCGGGAGUUGAUUCUGGCUUUGAACAGGCGAGGAGUUCUUUUCUUAGAUCCGAAUACUCACGAGACGAUGCAGCAUUGGCCAUUUAAUGAAGUUAUAUCUACAAGAAAGGUCCGGUCUGAAGAUGGUGCUCUAUUUUUGGAUAUGAAAGUAGGAAAUCUGUUACAGCAACGGGUGAUCCGUGUUCAAACAGAACAAGCUCAUGAAAUAUCCCGCCUUGUGAGACAGUAUAUCAACAUGGCGCAGGCUCAACUACGAGACCGGAAGGAAUGAAUCAAUGUGCUCAAAUGGCGAAGUCAGUUCGCAUUACCCAAAGCACUAAAGUUUUUUUUCUAGCAAUGUUGCUGUAACAUGAAAUUACAGAACCUUUAUCUUCCAUCAUUUAUUAUACUACCGGGAAAAGCGCGCGUUAUUUUAAAUACUGAAUAUUUACUAUUUACAUAUAUUAUAUUAUAAAAUAUAGUUAACUUAUUGCGUAAACUGAAGGGUGUUUCU